UCAUCGUUGCCGUCGUCACUACCACCACUACUACCAUCAUCACCACCAACACUACCACCGUCAUCGUCGCGUCGCCACGCGACGCGUCGCGAUUCUCAUCGCGGCGAAGCCACCACGCGUGCAUGCGAAUUCGCGUCUUCGCGCGCGCCCCGUGCAACAACACACUGCCCCGCUGUUCGAGUACGCGGUCGAUAGCUCGGGGAAACUCCGACUUUUGAGUACGUUGCACUUUCCCCGCGGGGAAAUACGGGACUAGGACCGUUGGUAGCGGCGCGGUUUUCAUCUUUUAGGCGGAACACAGCGACCCGAUUUUCUUAUCUUGCGACGGAUACGCGGUGGUUUUCCUUUUUCUUUUAUUUAACGAGUGUCACGCGUAUAAAUGAUUUAAACGUCCCUAAUAGCGCAGCGCGCGCAGAAAUUUUGACGACUAACGAUUCUGCGGACCAACCGAUCGUCUGUGAUAUUUCGAGGAGAAUCUCGUUGAGUACUUUCACGAGAGAACUCGACACAUCGAAGCGCGCGACUUCGCUAAGGGGAUUUCAGACUCGCAGGGGACCAAAGCAACCGAGCUGACAACAUUGCCGUUUCGCGCUCGAACCUGCACGACCAAGCGACACGAUGUUCAACCUCUACCAGAGCCUAAACAAGAAGGAUGACAACGACGGGCCAAAGGGCCGCGAGUCGGAGGUGACCGGUCAUGACCGGUUCUGUCAACACCGCAAUGGCAGUUCGAGCAGCCGUCGACGACGUCGCGCCGUCAGCCGCAGGACCCAGAGUGCCACUGAAUUAAACGCCAGGGCGAUGAUGUCGGCGCGGGGCUCACUGCGACGCGGCCGCAGCGUGAGCACCGAAGACGACGAGAGCGAGGACGACAAGGGUCAUCAGCUGGCGAACAAGCUCGACAACCUGGCGAAGUUGCUCUUUAGCCGGGUGUCGGCGGCGCGAGGAUACAAGGACCAGGGUGACGUCAAGAACGGCCGUUACACGGCACUGAAUCACGGGUCGAAGGUAGCCGAGGACGGGGUCGAGUAUGUGGAGAUGGAGAAGAGAUCCAGAGAUCGUGCUUUAUCAAUCUGCCGGGAUUACAUCGAGAAAACGCCGCGUUUCGCCCUCAUCAAGCAACUCAAUAACAUCGGAUCAAGGAUGGACAAGUACUGGUUCAUGGUGAGGGAUACAUCGCUGAAGACCGACAGGCUGCUGACUCUGGUGCCGUUGAAUAUGAAUUGCCCGCUGAGUGUGUGCCCGUCCACCAAGGAUAUUCUAAACCACCUGUUUUUAGCCUUGCAACACCCCUAUAUCUGCCCUGUGUUCACUGUCGAUUUCGUCGAGUACGAGGACCAAACGUACAUAGUUUUGGUGCAGCCGAUCAAUCAAGGUAGCCUCAAGGAUCUGGUAUACAACGUCGAGCGAAAUUGCUGGAAUGAAGACUGGAGUCACAAGUACGCGUCGCGAGGCAAAGGACUGACCUUACCGCAGGUGCAACGAAUGGGACGUCAGAUAUUGGAAGCGCUGAUUUUCCUGAAGGAACGCGGAUUCCCCACGGUGACGCAUUUGCAUUCGGGAAACGUGGUGAUCCAGAACGGCGUCGCGAGGCUAGCCGGCUUGGAGAAUACUCUUCUGGGCUUCACCAGCCGCAUACAUCCCAUCGUCACGUCCCGAUUAACGCAGUCCAGCUCGAUCGAUAUCAUAUGUUUCGGACAUAUGCUGUUUGAAAUGUGCGCCGGCUACGAGCUGUGCACCUUCAGACCAUCUGCCGUCCAGUUGUCAGACAUCGAGAUGUAUCCGCAGGUAGUGAGAUUUCUGGAAUUAAUAUUCGCGGAAUCAGACAAUCACUUCACCAGCAUAGAAGAGCUGCUUAUCCACGAUCUCUUCAGGAACAUCGACUUACGCGAAAUGCGAUGUGCGGCUGUAACGGUAUUUCGUCCAACGCUGACACCCUCCAUAAUAAGCCUGCUCGAUGGCAUUAAACGGCAAGACGCUGGUAAAAGAAUCGCGAGCGUCGACAAUGCGGACAUGACGUCACUGAGGAGCCUCGAUUACACCGACGACUCUCUACUCACGCAGAUAUACAACGAGCUUUCACAAACAGCUUUAUAAUGUGGGAACAAAGUUCUAUACAUACAUACAUACAUAUACAUGUGUGUGUGUGUGUGUGUGUGUAUAAUACAUAUACACUAUAUAUUUUAUCUUGAGUAAGAAUGCACGUUCCUAUUGUACCUUGCAAUAUGCCAAGGAAUAAAUGAUUAUCCCGUCGCUAA